GUGACGUUAGGCUCCGACUCUUAACGGAGACGCAUUUUUAUUUCUGUUGUUUACGAUUCGCUAUAGAUUCCAUGUUUCUCACUUCGCAGCACGAGCCACUCUGACUAUCAAGAUCAGAAAAACUUCUCAGCUGCAAGUUAGAAGUGGACUGGCCAUUGAGGAGGCUCUCAGCAGAGUCGCUCUUCACAGGAGUCUUGAACGCGGUGUGGAAUCGGCAGCGAGGAAUCCUGGAGCACAGAGAAGCUCCCAGCUUUGAAGGGCUUGCGGUGGUGCGUGGCGGGCAGGAACCCACAAUUCCAAAUACAAACGGUCGGCGCGAGAAGCGCUUCUGGGCGCAGGCGCCUGGCUGUAGCGACUCGUUGCGGGAGGCUGGACUCUGGUGACUGUGUAUGGUUGCAUAUGCUCCGUUUUCCUCUCACUGUCGUGCUGGGCCUUUGAAACCGGCUUCUUCGCUGGUGGCUGCUUGAAGCAUCAAGUGCACCUGAUUUGUGAACCUAUCUUGCUUCAGUUGGUUUCCUCCUAAAUAUUAGGCAGAUGGGAUUGGCCGGUCUGUGCUCUGCUAGGUGAAAAAUUAGACUAUUUCAAGAAUUGGAGCUGAAUCUGAUGUUAAGUAAUGGCAACAGGUGACUUAAAAAGAAGCUUACGGAACCUAGAACAGGUGCUCCGCUUGCUAAAUUAUCCUGAAGAGGUGGACUGUGUAGGUUUGAUAAAGGGAGACCCAGCAGCAUCUUUGCCCAUCAUCAGCUAUUCUUUUACCUCAUACUCACCUUAUGUAACAGAACUUAUAAUGGAAUCCAAUGUAGAGCUCAUAGCAAAAAAUGACUUGCGCUUUAUAGAUGCUGUCUAUAAGCUUCUUCGUGAUCAAUUUAAUUAUAAACCAAUUUUGACAAAAAAGCAGUUUAUCCAAUGUGGGUUUGCAGAAUGGAAAAUCCAAAUUGUUUGUGAUAUUUUGAAUUGUGUGAUGAAAAAGCACAAGGAAUUAAGCAGUCUUCAGAAGAUUCCAUCACAACAAAGAAAGAAAAUCAGUUCUGGUAAGUCAGAACCUCCUUUGAGCAAUGAGAAAAUAUCUGCAGAGGCUGUUGGCGUUGAUAUCAGUGGCAGGUUUAUGACCUCAGGAAAGAAGAAAGCUGUGGUGAUUCGUCACUUGUAUAAUGAAGAUAAUGUUGACAUUUCUGAGGACACAUUAAGUCCAAUAACAGAUGUUAACGAAGCAGUUGAUGUGUCUGACUUAAAUGCUACUGAAAUAAAGAUGCCUGAAGUAAAGGUUCCUGAAAUCAAGGCUGAGCAACAGGAUGUAAAUGUUAAUCCUGAGAUUACUGCACUACAAACUAUGCUUGCUGAAUGCCAAGAAAAUCUUAAGAAACUGACUUCGAUAGAGAAAAGGUUAGCCUGUUUGGAACAAAAAAUGAAAGAAAAAGUGAUGGUAGAUGAAAACACCUGGACUAAUCUUCUUAGUCGUGUCACUCUUCUUGAAACAGAAAUGCUUUUGUCUAAAAAGAAUGAUGAAUUUAUAGAGUUUAAUGAAGUUAGUGAAGACUACGCUUCUUGUAGCGACAUGGACCUUCUGAAUCCUCACAGAAAAAGCGAAGUAGAGAGGCCAGCAAGUAUUCCUCUGUCCUCUGGCUAUAGUACAGCAUCAUCAGAUUCAACUCCCAGAGCCUCUACCGUUAAUUACUGUGGUUUGAAUGAGAUUUCAGAGGAAACAACAAUUCAGAAAAUGGAAAGGAUGAAAAAAAUGUUUGAAGAAACUGCAGAGUUACUGAAAUGUCCAAAUCACUACUUGUAGGAUUUUCUGCAUGAACUUUUUUCUAGGACUUUGGUUACUAUACAUAUUGUAUAUUUUAAGAAUUCUUUAUACAAUUUUAAUAUACUGCAAUACUGCAGUUUUUGACAAUUUGGAUUCCAUUUGGUAUAUGAAUUUUUGCAUUCAUUAUUGAAUAAAUCUUUUAAUAUUUUUGAGCAAUGAUUAUACUGCUUUACCUUGUGUCACUUUUUUUUUUUUUUUUUUAGGAAAAACUCAUGUUCCAGUAUAUUUCUCUUACAGAGUGAAGUCAUUACAGCACUGUAUUUCUGUGUUGACAUUUGUUGGCAGUGUGCUGAGUAAUGUUUUUUAAAGCACAGGCUUGAGGACUAUGGUUUACAUCCUGUUGGAAACAUUCCAAAUGGGACUUGUGUGUUAUACCCAGGAGGCUCUCAUAUAUACCAUCUUGGCAUCUGUACUGAUGAAUAAGUUAUAAUGAACAGUUAAAAAUGCUCAUUGAAAAUUAAAUAAAACAAAAAGACAGUUAUUUCAUGCUUGGUCAAAAACAUCAAUACCUUUCCAAUUAACACUGAGAAAUUAAGGUUAAGAUUCUCCUUUUGUACUGGGAAACAGGCUGGAGGACUGUGGUCCUCAAGUUUAGACCAAGAGGACUAUGGUCUCAAGGUUCACCGUGAGAAAUGUGUUGAACAUUUUAGUAUGCUCUAUUGUAUAAUUUUUUUUGGUGGGGGGAUGGAGUUUCGCUGUUGUUGCUCAGGCUGGAGUGCAAUAGCAUGAUCUUGGCUCACCGCAACCUCUGCCUACCGGGUUCAAGUGAUUCUUGUGCCUCAGCCUCCUAAGUAGCUGGGAUUAUAGGCAUGCACCACCAUGCCCAGCUAAUUUUGUAUUUUUAUUAGAGACAGGGUUUCUCCGUGUUGGUCAGGCUGGUCUCAAACUCCUGACCUCAGGUGAUCUGCCUGUCUUGGCCUCCGGCGUAACACUUUUUAAGACCAGUGUAACAGAAAGAGAAUGUAGCCAUUCUAGCCACCGUUAAAAGAUACACAGUGAGGUGUUGUGUUUUGUUUUUUUAAUGAUGUACACAUUUUUCGGAGAGAAAAGUCUUAGCUGAAGUUAAAUCAAUGGAAAAAUGAAAUUUAUUUUUAAUAUUACUAUAUGAAUUAUCUUUUUUAAACUUGUAGAUAAAAGUGUAGCAGUAAUCCCAGAAAAUCCUCAAGAAAAUUGACUUCAUUAUUUGGAAGGAAAAUUAGUAUUUUUUUUAAUAUUAUAUGGACCAUCUGAUUAUAUUUUAUUUAUUCAUCUAUUUAUGGUAUAUAUGUAUAAUUCUAUAUUACACUGUCAAAUAUAAAAUAUUGUUAUAUGAGUAGAAAUCACUUAAAUUUUUUUUGUGUUUGUGAAUUUGAAACAGUGUAAGAAAUCACUUUUAAGAAAACAUUUUUAGAAUUCCUUUGUUUUUUCUUUUUUUUUCUUUUUGAAACAGGGUCUCACUCUGUUGCCCAGGCUGGAGUGCACUGGCGUGAUCUCGGCUCACUGCACCUUCUGCCUACCAAGUUCAAGCAGAUUCUUGUGCUUCAGCCUCCUGAGUAGCUGGGACUAUAGGCCUGUACCGUCAUGCCUGGCUAAUUUUUGUAUUUUUGUAGAGACAGGGUUUCACCAUGUUGCCCAGUCUGUUCUCGAACUCGUGAGCUAAAGCUACCCGCACACCUGGACGUCCCAAAGUGCUAGAUUCCAUGGGUGAGUCACCAUGCUUGGCCACAUUUUUAGUAUUCUAAUAAAUAGUUGGUCAUCAGAACUUUAAAAUGAUAGCCUACAGAAACAUACAAUUUUGAAUUUAACAGAGUUUCAGUAAAUAUUUCCAGAAUUAAUGAAGCAUGUUAGCUUUAAUUUUUUCAAUUGUGAGAGAAGUACAUUUAUAAAAAUUAAGAGGUUAAGAGGUUAUAGUUAUAAGGGAAAAAACUUCUGUUAUCGAUUAACUCCUAAAAUAUCAGCACCAGCAUGGAAUUAUAGCACCACCUUGUGGUUAACAUGGCAGUAUUUUACCUUUUGUUAAAACAAGUGAUUUCCCAUCAAACAAGAUAAUAUUUUUUCCCUUUUGAAAAAUUCAAUUUUAAAAAGAAACAUUUUUGAAGUUUUCUUAUGGAAGAUAGAAAAAAAGUUAAGUCUCUUUCUGCCCUUUCUUUUUUUCUUUAUAUAGUGCAGAUAUACACACAGAGAAAGGACUUAAAACAUUUCUAAUCUCCUAGUUUAUAUACAGUGUGCAAAAUAUAAGUAAGUAUAUAUUGAAAAUAUAAAAUAUUUCAUAUAUGUUAUCAGGUGGAAAUUUAGAAUCCAAAUUUUCUUAAACUUUAAUAACUUGUCUAACAACUCUCUAAUAGGGACUAAAAAUCAACUCAAUAUAUCAUACAUUUACACUUACAAAGAGUCUUUAUCUAGACAACAUAAUUUUUGGAAAAAUAAAGCAAAUUCAACUUUAUUGGAGUUAUUGGACAGAUCAGCAAAUUGUUAUUUUAAAAAGUUUUCUUGUUUAGGCAAUUUGGUAAGUGGUUUCUAGUUAUAAACUAGCCACUGUUGAUUAACUUGAGAAGGUGAAGCAGGGGAGUUCUGAAGAGAUUACCUGGAGCUACAUAAUUAACCCUAAGUUAAGUAAAAUUUUCACUUUCAUUCUUUUCAUUCUCUCAUAAACUGGUUGAAAAAACACUGUACUACCAACAAAGGUGUCAGUUGCUUGUGCUGCCCUGUCUAUGUUAUGCUCUGAAUAGGUCUCGGUAAAGAUUAUAUGGAAAUACUAUAAAGAAUACAUAAGGUAAAAUACUAGUCAGAAAGGGUUCAGAAGAAGUUAGCAUCAACUGUAUGAAAAUUCUAGGUAAAGCUAAGUACUAUUGAGUUGGAAAAAAGUAAUUCUAUCAUGUUUGCUUGUUUUCCUCUACUGUUUUUAAUGUGAUGUUGUAAUAUAUUUUAAAAAUAAAACUUGAAAACGUU